AUGUUAUACGUAGCGACCUGCUCACUUGCCAGAGCUUCAGGAGCUGGCUAUACCGCUUGGGGACACUCUACACUCGUCUGCCCUUUUGGAGAAGUCUUAGCGAGGACUGAGCAUGAAGAAGCGAUUAUCUUAGCAGAGAUUGAUUACUCUAUACUUGAGAAACGAAGGUCAAGUCUUCCGUUGAAUAAACAGCCGAUGGGAGAUCUCUACCAGCUUGUAGACUUAGAACGUCCUAGUUCUAAAUGA